GUCUGCAGUGCUCGUUGAACAACAGAUCUAAAAACAAGCUAACGUUAAGUUAGCUACGGUAAUUUUACAUAGCAAGCGGUUACAGUUCGAUGAAAAAUAUAACGUCCAUUGUCUAGUUUGUUUCCACGUAUUAUUUGUAUGGAUAUCGCUCGACGUUACCUUUAGUCAGCUAAUCGCAACAACGUCAACAUGUAAAGGCUUGGAAACUAACGCUAGCUUUAACGUUAUCCAAUUGCCAGCGCUGACGCGACGCGGCCUAACACCUAACUGCAGCUACCGAGGUUAGCUAGCAUUAACGUUAGCGAGGAAACGUCCUGUUACGCUGGUUACGUUCGUGGACGAGUAGAACCGGUCACAAGUUGGAAAGAACCCGUAGAUUCUGCGUAUCUGUCUCCUAGACUGGACUUGUGGCUGUAAAAGUCGCCAUUUUCCCACAUUGACGCUAUCGUCACAUAUAUAGACAGGUGGAAAUAAUGCACCACGUCAAGAUCAAGACUGAAAGGCAAGAUGCGGAGGCGGCUGGUGCGCGCAGCAGACUGGAUUCUGUGUUAAAGGGGCUGCUGGAGAGGAGUGUGAGUGAAAAGGAGCAGAAUGAGGGCGAUACCGGAAAAAUAUCAUCUGACUCCUUAAACAAGGAUUUGUCACCAUCGUCUGCUGGAAAAAGGCAAUCAGCCCGAUUUUCACAGCACCGGAGGAAGAAGCGCAAAGAGAUGGACGAGGGCAUACCUGAGGCAAAUCAACACAAACAAAACGCUUACGUUAUUAAGUUGUUUGAUCGCAGCGUGGAUCUUGCUCAGUUCAACACCAGCACCCCACUCUAUCCCAUUUGCCGUGCCUGGAUGAGAAAUAAUCCCUCUGUUCGAGCACCGCUGGCUUCCCCGAGCCCCCCACACAUUACGGUGGAGGAAGAGCUCACGGACAUGAUCAAUGGUAAAGGUCAGAAUGUGUACGGACUCCCUCCGCCAACGUCCUGUCCAACGAGCAUCUCCGGUGAACCCGUCAACCUCAGGAUCCCACAGACGGAAAAACCCACCGUUAAUAAGUUGACAGAUUCACUUCCCGUAUCAGGUUCUCUCAUAUGUGACCACAUGGAACGUUGGAAAAAAAUAAGGCAAAAAUGGAAGGAGUGCUCUAACAAGAACCAGUUAAGAUACAGCGAGAGUAUCAAGGUUCUUAAGGAGAUGAAGGAGCUCUACGAUCGCUAACUGGCUUGUGCUGCGGCUCUCCACCGUAGAAAGGACUCCACACAGUUGUAAAAGAUCAGUUGAUGUUUGAAUUUACAGACUAUAACAUCACCAAACUCGUAGGGAAGCAUGAACAUAACUUGAGUCCUAAAUAAACCGUAUGUCGUGUGCAUUGCAGAAUAUUUAUUCUACUGGGUUUUAAAUUGUUUUGCGAUUUCUUGUGCGAGAAUUUGUUCUAGUGUGAUGUUGGGCUGUUUUCAUUCAUAAAAAAAUAUAUUUGUAGAUGUGUGAAUAAACAAAUCGGUUUUCCACACGCA